GUGUCACUUAGAAUUUGUUGAUAACGUUUCUCCUUCUUUUUCUCUAAUAACACGAGCGUUUUAUGUUUCUUCUGUAAAAUAUAUAACGUGUGAGUCUGCAAUUGUUAGUUAAAAUAAUCCACAAAACGUGAACACCUUUUUACUAUAAUUAUAUUUUCCACUUUCAAGAGACUUUAUCUAUUAAUUCUAUUACAGUCAAAUAAUUCAUGGAAAAAUUGUACCCGAUUCGAAUUUGAACACAAAUUAUUUAGUGGCCUUAUAUUGGAAAUAUGGUGCCUUGUAGAGACCGUAUAGAGGCCGUAUAGAGUCCGCGUAUAGAGGCUGUAUAGAGGCCGUAUGGUAACAGUGCAGAGGUCGUACCUACAUUAGGACCGUUUGAAAUGCGUAUAUGUGGCCGUUAAGCGGCCGUUUGAAGGCCGUUUGGUGGCCAUACCUAAUCAUUCAUUAUCACAGUGGUAAUUAUCCGGGUAAGAUUGGAGUAAAAUUGGUAAUAGUCCAAACCGCACAUAUCAAAUUUUCAAACUCAGCCAUUUAUUAUUAAAAAGUUAAAAUCAUGGUGACCGCGUAAAAUAUCUUCUUGUGGAGUUUAAAAUAUCGCUUCGGAGGUCUCGUUCACGACUGUGUAUCCUUGUCCAAGUAGGAGGAAAAAAAAUUUCAAAAACUCCCAAGCGCGGGGCAAACUGUGUCUGGAACAUUUCUUGUUCUGGAAAUGUGUCUGGAAAGUUUCCAACAGAAGAUCAUCAGCAGAUCGUAAAUGCAAGAAGAUUUUUGCCCACAAAGUAUAAUAAAUUUAAAGUUCAUUUAAGAAUCACACGAUUUUGGAUUGUUAUAGCUGCAGAAUGUUGCUUUUACCGUAGGUAUUUCCGUAGUUAGAAGCUACUUUAACUUAGUCUGGAAUUUAGGUACUUGAAAAAUGUGCUGUUUAUCAGUUUAUCUAACAAUUAUUGUCCCGUUAAAGACAGUGCUUUAUAAUUAUGGUAUUCAAUGAACUGGAAUUUCCGGGAGAACUGAACUGUUAUCGUAAAUGCAAGAUUUUCCCGAUUUUGCUUAUAAAACUGAACUCAUUGCCAGGUUGUCCGUAUGGUUGUAAUCUUAAAAUCUUCUCCUCUUAAACUACUGCAGGCGUUUCAGUUUUAUUUCUGAUCGUCCUUAGAGCUUUGUUCUGUGUAAUAUUAGAACUACACUGUCCCUUUCGUUUAAUAAGCGACCCCUUGUCUGAUAAGAGUUAGUUUUAACACAUCACAACUCACAUCGAUUUAUCAGUUUGUUGUUGCUGCGAGCUGAUUCGUUAGUGGCAUUUUAAGGCAAAAUAGAUUCACACCAAAUAUAAGCCUCUUUUUAUUCUAAAAACUGAUUAAAUCCACCGUUAGGAUAGCAUCUAACAAAAAAUGACAAGAUACUCAACAAUCGGAAGCAGGAUUGGAGACCUCAGGACAUGGUUACCUGAAGUAACAACAACUCUUUUCUGCAUCCUGGUCGUGGGAACCGUUCUCAGGAUUGUCUCAGCGACUGAUGAUGGACUUUGUGCAGGAAUGGACAAGAAAGGCUUGAUAGGAUGGAUUGCGGUUAUCAUUGGUCUCGUUCUGUGCGUAUUUGAGAAAUAUAACAGAUCCAGAAACAUUCUUGCAACCCUCGUAUCUCUUGUCAUCUACUUCCUGAUCCAGCUUUCUAUCAACGAAGCACCUCUGAGUUGCAGCCAGGCCCUCGUUAACGACACCCUUCCAGAGGGCUCCACCAAGUUCAUUCCCAUCAUCCAAACAGUGUCCUGUGUGCUCUUCAGCGUCCUUUACGGUCUCUUGCUGUUCAGUGAAAGGAACGUCACUACUCUGCGUAAAUCUAAAGGAUAAAUAACUUUGAGGACAACUUCUGGAAUUUAUUGAUAUUCGAAGUUUUAAAAUCCCAUGUGUAUAUAUUUUGUGAUCAUACCGUAGUGAUAGAUAUAUUAUAAUCAAAAUCGAUACAGAACAUAAAUAAUAGACUUUUCGGGAAUGGAUCAGUUUUUGGUUUAAACUCUUGUAAUAAUAACUUAGUUUGCAUGUUCAAUGUUCCGUACUUUUGGGUGGUUUGUAUGUUUAUAUCUUUAUUCUGUUUAUCUUUUCAUCAUAAUAUUCAAAUAUUAUAUCAGUAUUCUCUAUUGUAUC